AUGAGCAGCAGAUGGAUGAAUCAAGACGCUUCACUGUAACGAUCCAAACUGACUUGGCUAUUUUUCACCAGCUCCUGUUUUUAGUGGUAUGGCCCCCGCAGAAAUUGAAUGAGGGAAUUUCAUUCAUCACUGCUGGGAUUUUCAAGGGCGCACGAGUUCUUGAGUUAUUAACAGUUUCAGUGUUGAAACUCUAAUAAGCACGGCGGUGCUUGGAAGAGCACUGCAGCUAUAAGAGGAGGACUCCAGGAUUAUCUGCUUUUGUGGAGUUUAUGGGACACUUGGGACACUGCCAGUGCAUGUGAGAGGAGUGGACUGAGUCGCUGUGUUUUGUGGGCUUCACUCCGUUACUUGGCCAGCGUUGGAGCUGUGAGGUAGAAGAGUCUCGGCACUGACUUUACAGACUGCCCUUGUCCUGGUGAGUCGCUCAGUUGGACUGAUAUGGAAUGCAACCUUUGGUGACCCCCCUCCCUGAAGUCCCCUAUUCAGUGAGCUGAGCCAGGAGGAGCGUGGAUAGAAGACAAGAGAACCUGAAACAAAAAAGAGGGAGCAGCAGCAGUACCAUUCAGCUGGGUUGAAAAAGUUAUAAGGGGCCCUCAGGGGUGGGAGAGGACCCUGAAGACACAGCAAAAAAGUAGGAGAAAAAGUGUGAGUACAAAAGACUUUUCUGAGGUACUGGACAUUUGAAAACUCAAAAGGGGAACUGACCAUUAGCCUCAGUUUCACCCCUCUUGAAUUUACCCCACCUCCCCAGUCGCUAACCUAACCCAUCAUGCCAGUGGAAACCCUUCGUCCUUCGGACGGACGUCUGGCUGGUGGUCCUUUUACCUCGGCCAUGCCUUUCCGCAUCCUGAACAAGGGCCCGGGCUACUUCCGUAGGGCUCCCGAGCCUGGGGCGCGCAAGCUAAGUGCCGUGGAGCGUCUGGAAGCUGACAAGGCCAAGUACGUGAAGAGUCAGCAAGUAGCACUAACUAGGCAGGAGCCUGUCAAGCCACCAAUCAUCCGCAAGCCCCUGCUGUCCCCAAGCAUGAUGCUGCAGUGCAGGAUCAACACUCCGCCAGCCCGGAAGGUUCCCCGCAGACCCUCGGACUCUGUGGACAAUGGAGGAAGCCCAGGACAAACUACACGCAGGGGCCCACAGCUCAAUCUGGAGAUCCUUAACAACCUCAUUAAUGUCUCAGAUGGGCCACAGCCUUCAUCUCCUGCUCCUUCCUCUCCCUCACCCUUGGCCUCCUCACCCUCAUCUGGAGGAAAGAGUAUGGGGAGUGGACAGUCAGUAACAGAGCCCCAGCAGGGUUUCUGCUUUAAGGGACACUUUCUAUCAACAUCUGAUUCUGUCAACUCAUGCACACCUUCUCAUCUCAACAACCACAUCCAGCCUCCGUCUCCUGCUGUUCCAGAGCCUAACCGCAGACCACCCCCUGUCCCAGCCAGAGCUCCCCGGCUCCCUGCACAGGGUGCUUACAGCAGCCCCAACUCCGUAAUGGUCCGGCGGGUGGAUGUGCGGCCUCAAGCGGAGGUCAGGAAACCCCAGAGGAUACCUUUGCAGCCCCAGGCCAAGCCCAGACAGGCAGCACAACCACAGGUCGCCCAGCCACAGGUACCACCUCCACCUCCUCCAUCUACUAAGCCUCCCUCACUCCCAGCCCGCUCUCCCUCGCCCUGCAUACCAUCCAGCCCCUUGCUCCUGCGUUCUGGUAUCCCACCUCCAGCCUCGCCUGCCUUCACUCGCCUUUCUUCAGCCAGUUCGCGGGGCUCAGGGCGCAAGCACCCAGCCCUACAUCGCUCCAAGUCGGACCUGAGCGACCGUCUCUCGCGGGCCACCGCUGAUCUGGAGCGUUUCUUCAACUACUGUGGCCUGGACCCUGAGGAGCUAGAGGGCCUGGGCGGAGUGGAGCGCUUUGCCCGUGCUGCCUCAGACAUUGUCUCUGUCUCCAAACUCCGAAGCGUCAGCACACCCAGCUCUGAGUGCGGAGAAGAAGGCAGGAGGGAGGAGGAGGAUGAAGAUGAUGAAGACGAUGCCCCCCCUAGGCCCAACGAGCGUGUUCCUUAUGGCAUCUCCGUUAUUGAGAGGAAUGCACGUGUAAUCAAAUGGCUGUAUGGGAUCCGGCAGGCACGGGACUCACAAAACGUCUCUAAUGUGUAGGCACCCUUUCUCGUGUUCUCUGGAACACCAAGGAGAAAUGAAAUAAAGGGGACAGAGACCUGA